AUGCCAGGCACCUUUGCAGCGAAGGAUCUGUUCCACCUGGACCUCGAGGCGAUCCAGAUCGCGCUGUCGGAGCUCUUCAAAAAGCUGAAGGUACUGGUUGGAGAACCGGAAACUCAGACGAAGGUUGAGACCAAGCUGGAAGCCGCGAUGACUCAGCUCCCCGGAUCAGCUUCGCCGACUGGAUCGUCCCAACAUUCGCACUACGCGUCAGCGACCUCGAUGGCCGACUCAGACACCUCGGAAGGAGUCGAGCGAAUGCAGCUUGGCCCUUCAGGAGCCGCGAUGUUGCAAUCCGGAUCGCAAUGUGUACCGAACCCGAUGCCCAGGACAGAUGCCUCUGUGGUGGCCAGCAGGUUGAACGAAAAUCCAGACAGAUUGCAGACGUUCUUAAACUCGGCGAUGGAACGCUUCCUGAAGGAGCAACGCACCGCACAGGGGAUGCCAACAGUGCUCCUGAUCGUCAAGUGUACACGCGGCGAAGAUGAGAUCCUGGGUACGAUCGCGGCGAGCAUCACGCCCCGGGAAAACGUCGACUCGAUCUUGUCGUCUAUCGCGCCGAGGAAACAACCACGCCAGCAGGCUCCAACGGUAAUACCUUCGGUGGAACCCGGCGAAGAACUGUUAGUCGUGCGUUUCGGCGGAUCAGCACGAGUCAAACGAGGUGGUGGAGCGUGUUGCGCUAAUGUCUGGAAGUUACCUGAAUGGACCGUUGUCGCUGCGGAAUCAAAGUACUUGCCCGACCUAACGGUGAAUGAGACGGAGUACCAGGGAUGGCUAUUAGCGUUCGAUCUACUUUCCAGCUUAGACCGGGGACACCUGAUCAUCUGCGGGGACUCCAACUUGGUGAUACGGCAGAUGCGAGGCGAGAUAGAGUGCAAGGACUCCUCUUCGUAG